AGAUUGUUUACCAUUAACAAAUAAUGAAAAGUGGAUGAUAGUUAAUGUUCACAAAUAUUUUUCUGAUGCUACUUCAAUAGACAAACAACAUCAAAAACUCUCAUUAUGCAAGUAUGUUGCCCUAGUACUGGGCAUUUUAAAAAAUAUAGUUGGAAGUGUAGUGGCUAAUUGGAACAAACAUAAUGAUAGUUCAUUUUUACUUCACAAAAAUCUUGGUUAA